AGCAACAUUUUCAUAAUAAUCUUUCUAUUUACAAAUUAUCAUAACAUAACUAAUUUUCUGUAGCAAUUGUUGCCUUUGAGACAGAAACUAUCAACAACAACAAAAGGUUCGAUUGGGAGGGAAUUUAGCAAGAACAUCAGGGGACACAACUGAGCACGCAUAACAUGACGUUGCCUUGGGGACAGGCGUCCAAUGGAGCCGAUCUAAAUGUGCAUUGACGGAGCCUACCAAUAUAUAGUACGCGAUCAAAACGCGCAUGGCCUUCAGCAUUUGAGUACUGACAGGAAAUACUGAUAGUGUGCACAAGGUGAUAAUAGGAUGGAACAAUACACUGAAAAGCUACAGCUGUGAAACAUUCACUAAUUAUUAUUUGUCAAAUCGGCACAUUUUAAAAAAAUAUGCUGGAAGUUUGUGAGUACGUGAACUCCAAUACUCCAAUAAUGGAGAGUGGAGACAUGAAGCAUUCUAAAGACAAUAUAGAACAGUAUGAGUUUAAUCUGGGCAAAGCUCAUGAACUUCGAUGCAUUAACAAUGGGAAAACUACAACAUGUGGUGAGUGUGAGACAUGUCAACUGAACCUGAAACUGAAGGAAGUGAGAGAGUGGUUCUUCCGUCUAGGAGACUUUUCUAAGAAAAAGUUCAUGCUUGGUCUGUUAAGAAGAAUCCAGAGUACUGACCUUCUGGAACAAAUGGUUUCACUCCUCCAGUCAGUAGUAAUGAAGGAUUUUAUAUAUUCACGAAUGCGGACUCAGCCAAGCCUGGACACCGAUGCUAUGACUUUGAGCGCAGACAGAGCUUUGAAUGAAGAAGAUGUUAUGCAGUAUAUCACAUCUAUCUGGGACUGGUUUGUGCAAGUACCUUAUUGGUCAAAAGCUAACUUUGUGUUCGGUUUGCUGCAGAUGUGUGAUGCUCAUCUUUUAAGUCUUUUGCAUGCUCAAGCCAGAAUGCUGCUUGUCUCUGAAAGAAAAGCAGAUGAAAGAUCAUCAGAUUUAUUUCCAGACUAUACAGAAACAGCCUCCAUAGCUACCACAGAAUAUUCCUACCAUUCUGAAAAAAUCCCAGGUUUGCAUCUGUUAGCACAAGCCAGAACACAUUAUUCAAACGUCACUGAUGACCCUUUCACUGGAAAAGAGAUCCUUAAAAACACUGCAAUGCAUAGACAGAACAUUGAUAUGGAUACUGACUCGGUAAAUGACAGUAACGAUUAUAUUGUUGAUCCAGCAACAUGCACCAUCCUAACUUCUUGCAAGGCAUAUUCAGGUGCAUCAAAGUACAAGGACUUUAUUAGAUGCCUGCCAGUUCACCUGGCAAAAUAUAUUCUCAGUUUUCUGGACCAGGCAUCCUUGGUUAAUGCACUGUGUGUGAAUCAGAAAUGGCGAAUUCUUAUUGAAGAAGUGCAUCAAGAGCGGUUUAUCAAUCAGUCAUUGACUGAGGAGGUCAUGCUUAUGCAGGGUGCUGCAGCACAGGGAGCCAACCCUGUAUAUGCUAAUGAUGUGGAUGUUCUGGUGCCAGUGCUGUAUCCUGGCACCCAUGAAGUGGAAAAAACUGAGGAUACCGUCAUCAAAGCAAACUUCAAAAGUGAGGUCAGCUUCAAGACUGCAUACAGUGGGGUUGUGACAAGAAAGGUCAUCAUGGAAGAACGCAAUGUUUUCUGUGGUGCCUAUAAUGUUAUGGUGCUCAGCAACAUACAGGAUAGCCAACGUGUCAUACACACAGAAGGUGGGAAGUUGAUAGCGCUUGGUUCCCGUGAUCGCAAGGUCCGUUUCAUUGAUUGCGAGUCUGGCAGGGACAUGGGUCCAGUGAUCACAGGGCAUGCUGGAUCAGUCAGAAGUGUUUACCUUUGUGAGAAGCGAGGGAUGGUCUUCAGUGGCAGUUAUGACACAAGCAUAAGAUGCUGGUCAAUUGAGACUGGACAAUGUUUAAAGAUAUUUCGUGGACACAUGGACACUGUUAUGACUAUGCUUGUUCAUGGAGACACAUUAGCAUCAGGCGCCAAAGACAAAUCAUGCAAAGUGUGGAAUAUUCAGACGGGGAAGUGUGAAAGGUCUUUCCGUCAUCGACAUCCUGUCCUUGCAGUAGCACUCUCUGCAGAUGUCUGCAUCACAGGAUGUCAAGGUGGUCGUGUAAUGGUGUGGGAGCUGGCAUCAGGACAACUAAUUAAAAAUUUGAGUGGCCAUCAUGGUCCAAUCACUGCAAUUAAGUUUGACCGUUGGCACAUUAUCACUAGCAGUGAAGAUGGCUAUGCACUUGCUUGGAGUUCUCUUGGCCAUCACAAUCGAUGUCUCACUGCACUGAGGCACCCCAAGGAAGUGCUUUGCCUGGAGUUCAUGUACCUGCGUGUAAUAACUGGCUGCAGUGAUGGGCGAAUGCGAAUUUGGAAUAUGCUGACUGGCCAGUGUUGUCGAAUUUUGAGAGGAAACAGUCGCAGUGACCCUGUUCAAGAUAUCUUAGCAAUUGGAAACAAAAUUUUUUUGAACACACACAACAAUCUGCUUCUUCUUCAUUUUGAGCAUGUGGAAUGGGACUACACCCUGGAAACAGACAAGGUGCCACCACUAGUUCAGUAUGGAUCCUAUUCAGAUGCCCCAGUCAGGUUGCAACCUUACACUUACGUCCGUGCUCACCGCAUGAAGAAAGCAGGAGCCAGCAACACCAAAAUCAUCCAUCGCAAUGCCUCCCCUCCAUUGCCUCCAGGAUCCAAGGUGAUUCUGCAGCAUGGCUACCAUGCACUGCAGCUUCCUCACAGUGCUAAAAGCCUGAGUGAACACAGCAUGGAAGCUGCUCGAAAGAUACACAGCAGCAUGUCCCGACCAGACUUCAGUCAAGUCUCCUGCAGAGAUGGUAGCUCAUUCUCUGGAGAUGAGUGUCAGCUGGAGUGCAGGCAGACUGCAUGCAGAGAUGUACAGCUGGAGCUGUCUGCUUUUGACAGUACUGCAAAGAAACCACCACCAUCUCCUUCAUUGUUAGGCCUGGGUGGUAAGCAUCAGCCAGCAGCAUCCAAGUCGACUCCAUCAGUGACCAUUAAUGAAAAGAUGGGCAGUAAGGCUGCCAGUGCUGUUGUGAUGAAGAAUCCUCCCAUUGUUAAACGUCGUGUUUCCUGGGCUUUUGAUAAGCCUCUUGAGCCCAAGGACAGAAUCAUCAGUCUGUCAGAAAUGAAAUCUCUGCUUCGUUCCCAGAUCCGAAUGAAAGCAGAGAGCAUUGUCCCUCCAAAUUUCAUUUACUUAACAGUGAACACCAUUCAAACCACAAUGGUUCCAUCAGAAACCAAUUAUAACACCAGAAAAAACAUGCUUGAAGAGAAGGUAGUAGAAUACACUGAAACUAAGAGACCUUCCUCUUCCCCAGGCCGCAUAGACCCUCGUACUAAGUUACCUGUUGAAGACCUGGGUCUGAGAGUCUUCAUGGCUGAAAGUGAUAUGGUUUCCGAAGUGUCUGAUCUUAGGUCUAUACGGUCUGCAAAAGUGAAGGAAGUAGCAAAACCACCCACCAUAGUAAACAAGGAAGAAAUUACCACUCUUUGUGCUGCUACUCACAUCAAUGCCACACCCUUCUUAAGCCUUCAUCCAAGUUGUGUCAAGUCAACCAUUCCCAAGGGCAGAGUGAUCAGGCCCAUUUCUGCAGGUGUUUUGCAGCAGCAGAAAGAUGCUAACAAUGCUUCUUCUGCUACUUAUUCAGUGAGACCAGUCACAGCCCCUGCAGCAAAAUCCUAUCCAGACACUGGGAAAUCUGUCUUUAGAAGUAUCAAGACGUCCCUUCCUGGUGCUACACCAGUCCCACCUCCUUCACAGCAGCAAACUUCAUCAGCUAUGGCAAAUGCUGUUGUUCCUAUGUUGAUGUACUCAAAAGAAGUAAUGCAAAAAAUAGAGGAAAUGAAAAAACAGAACCGCAAGGCAAGAGAGCCGCCAGUAGCUGUUCUUGGUGACAAACCUCUUGGAAAGAUCAGCCCCCAUAACAUGCCAAUGAGGAACCACAUCAAGUUUGAGUUGAAGACACACAAACAAGAGCAGGCACAACUUGACAGCAUCAUGUGCAUCAACCAUGAGCAAAAAAUUAAGGAGCAAGAACAGCUGGAGAAGAAAAAGCGAGCUGCAUGGUUGGCCAAGGUCAAGGGUAAGACAACCCAGGACUUCAGCAAGAAACCCUGGUCCUUAGCACCAGAAAUUGGUGAAUGAAGUAGCUAACUAGUGUUAUCUAAAAGUGCAACUCAAAGAAUUAAUUCUCCAAGAAAAUGCAUUAUUGUUCUCAAUAAGGCGACUGAUAAUGCCAUCACUAUUGAAUCCUCUAAUGAUAAGUCUAAGGAGAACAGUAUAUUUUAUUGGAAGACAAUCUUUUUUGAAGUAUAAAUGUUGACCAGAUGAACAGCGACAAAGCUUUCAGUUCAGCUACUCCGUGCAAAAAUGAAUCUGUAAAUCCACCAGUUUACAUGGCUAUUUGAAACAAACCAGAAAGUUUCAUGAUAAAGAACUUUCCAGAAGAGGUAGAGUUCCUUAGUGUUAGUCUACUGGCUGUAGGUUCAAUGACUUGAGUGGUUAAAUAUGUUUAAGGCAUUGCAUACUAAAGUUCCUCUCUGUUGACUACCAGUUGCUUUCAUUGAUAUCAGGUACUCAUCCUUGCUGAUUUGGUGAGGUAUUUCUCUUUUAGACUCAAUUGUUUGUCUAACUCAGUUUGGGCAAAGUAUGGCCAUGGACAUCUUUGGACCAGUCCGUCUGCCAAACCGUGAAUUGCACUUGUUUUCAUUUUUUCAUUCAGCCUAGGUUAGGGUUAGGAUUAGGGUUAGGUUAACUAGGUUGACUUGGUUAACUAGCCUAGGUUAACUUGGUUGAAAUUUAACUUAUCAAGUACAACACCAUUAGAAAUUGGUAGUCUGCAACAUUCUAACAUAAAGUAUAAAGAUAACAAAUAACAUGACUGACAUGUCUGAUGUAGUCGUUAGAGGGCAUCGAGGGUGACUGCCUUCAAGGAAAAUGCUGGUUUGAAGUUUAAAUUGGGUGAGUGAGCACCAUUAUGUACUCAUUUGUUGUUCAUUCCAUUAUCACUAGGUUUGUUGUAUAGUCACCUUGUGUGGGUUUUUGGCAUUUUACUGGCCUGUCGCAUAGCUAAGAAUUUUGAGACAAUCCCUCAAAAAGAAAAGUGGUCUAACUUUUGUUUCAAAAUCAAGCUUACUAGCCAUCAGACAAGAAACCCCAGCUCGAUUCAUUUGUAUCUGCACAAAGCAAUGAAAAAUCUGUGAUGCACAUUUUUACAAAUUUUUUUUUGUUUGUAAUUAAGUGCCGUAAUUCUGAUGACUAUAGUGUUAUUGUCUACAGACAAUUCACGAAGAUGUAAACCCAAGUUAUAAUGCAGUGUUUUGUUUAGAAAUAUAUUUAAUUCUCUAUCUUCAUUAAAAUAAACGCUCAAUACCCCCAAUCACAUCCAUGAAAACAAAGCUUGAAAAAUCAGUGAAUCUGCAUUCUUUAAGACCCAUGGAAUAGUAGUCGAUUGAAACUUAGAAUACAGAUUACAUUAAUCACAACUUUACAUAUUAAUCAGUUUACAAUGCUCUGAGCAUAAGUUAUAGCUUUUAGUACCUAAAAAAUGUUAACAAAAGAUGUUAAUUUAACAAUUUUUUUUUGAUCACACAAGCUACAAAUACAAAAGUCGUUUUCAUUGAAAAUUUCAUUUCAGACAUUUCAUUUCUGACGACAAAUCUUAUGCAUUAACAUUCAGCAGCAGAAGCAUAUUUAAAACUAAGAUAUGUGCUUAUUUGGUUAUGAAUAUGUACAUAGUUUGUUGUUUUAACAAUAAUUCCUCCUUGUCAUUUUUCUUUAUGUUAAUUCUUUCUCUAAACCAUCUUUCAAACUGUCCUGCAGAAAUGCAAAACUUUUAAAUCAAGUGAUAAAGUCUAGGUACUAAUAUUUGAAGCUUACAAUUUAAAUUAACGAUAUAGUAUGACCAAGAGUGAGGGUGGGAUUCAGAUUUCAUAUAAAUGUAAUUUCUCUUUGGAUUUGGCACCAAGUUCUCACUGGGUGCUCUGACUUCCUCACUUGAAGCCUAAAAAAAAAGUCCUCAUUGUCCCUUCACUUUAAAAAGUACAAAACUAAGUGUGAGGUCAAAGUGUUUUCCCAGUUCUGAAGCAUUCUAAAGAGCAGACUGCAUGCUAUAUAAGACUAUGAGAUUAUCCAAUUGUUCAUAUUGAGAAAUGCUGCAUGAUAUUUUUUGGUCACUGAAUUUUGAAGUUCUAUUAAAGAAAUGAAACCUGGAGUCAAAGAAAAGGAAGGUGGAAUUUAAAGAAAAGGCUGGUCUGACUAAAAUAUAUGAUAAACUGUGAUUAUUUAUGUAAUUUGUUUUUUGUUAUCAACAUAUCCAGCAUGUGUUGUUUCAAUAAACAGUUUGAAAUUUGUUUUUCUUCAAAGUUGCACAGACCUACUUAUUAGUUUACUUUUCUAUUAAAAAAAUAACUUGCACUGUUCUUCAUAGCAAGUGAAAGUGAUUUAUCAUGUACUAAGAAAGACUGAGAUUACUUCUUUACUGUUAACAGAGUUAUGAAUGAAAAUAAGUGCAGGAGCACACACACACCAACACAUACAUAACAAUAUUUACACUUUACCAUUGUAUUAUAGGAUUUAUAGACUCUUAAGUUCAGUAAUCUAUGCAUAGUCGAAAAAACAUUUACUUGACUGACAAACAUGAAACUGAAUUGUAAAGAAAUACAAUCGCAUUCACAUAAAACAAGAACAAUGAAGUUUUUGACUCUAUUAUGGUGAUAAUAAAACAAGUCUUGGAAACAGAUAUGAUCUGUCAGUAUCACAUGAUACCAUAUUUUCCAACAGUCCAAGUUUCAGAUCAGCUGAAUAGUUUUUAGGUGUUGCCAAAUGUUCCAUGAUACUUGCUGACUGGUCAGUAUCACACAGGUUUUCACUUGUUUAUGUUAACAUUUCAAAUGCAUGGGUGGCCUCUGAUGUUUGUCCAUGGAAGUUGACUAAUAAAGAACAUUUCAAA